CGGCGGAGAGGUGCUUUGGGGACCGAGCGGGACAGGGGCGUCCCACUGCCCGAUCCCACCCCGGCGCUUUGCAUAAAUAAAUAAAUCAUGCAGCAAGGGAGAGGUGGAGAGAGAGAGGGAGAGCAGAGGAGGUUACUUUGGGAAGCCGCGCAGCUCGCUCAUCCCAGCCCCGUAGUUCGAAGGGAGUGUGUCAUGUUACAGGGGAGCCACGAUCAGCCAGAGCACAACGUCGCCGGAGCAGCUGAGAAUUACCUCUCUCUAAUGGGGACUUUCGUGUGCAAGCUCCUAGCCAGUCUGCGAAGGAACUGAAACGGGCAGCUUAGAAGGAAUCAAAAACCUCCCAGCGAACCAAAAGACUGAAACACAGGAGGGAAAAAAAAAAAAAAAAUCUCGAUCAGAUUAUUUCCCCCCCCUCGCACUCUUUGCUGCAGUUGGACCUCUUUUUUUCUGCACCUCUUUUAUGUGACAGGGAGGGAAUGUUGGAAGAGAAGAGCUGGAAAGGCGUCGACGAAGCAGCUUUUGACAGGGGGUGUGUGACUCCCCCCAGGACCGGCGAUGGGGAGAGAUGCUGCCGCCUCCCUCUCCUGCUGGGCUCGGGGCUGCCCGGCGUCUCCCUGCUUUCUCUGGUGCUGAGCCUCCUGCUGUACUUUCGGACCUCCGAUCUGCAGUCCCGGGUGUCCCACUUGGAAGCGGACAGACCCACACAGCUCCCUGCCUGGCUCUCAGCAGACCAAAUGGAGACAGCUAUUUUGGGAAGAGUUGACCAACUGCUUGAUGAGAAAUUGAAGUUUCACUUGCCGAGACAUCGAGAAGUUCGAGACACACACCAGCGAUGCAACUGCCCAGCAGGUCCGCCUGGAGACAAAGGUGCGAUGGGGAUCCCUGGGCGGCCGGGACUAAAAGGGCAAUCUGGAGAAAAGGGUGCUCCAGGAGAAGCCGGCAUGUCUAUCAUCGGGCCCCGCGGUCCGCCCGGACAGCCUGGAACAAGAGGUUUUCCUGGAUUCCCGGGCCCUAUUGGCUUGGACGGCAAACCGGGUCAUCCUGGACAGAAGGGAGAGACGGGUGCUACAGGUCCCAGGGGACAACCUGGACCCCCAGGACAAAAAGGAGAAAAGGGUCAGUGUGCAGAGUACCCGCACAGGCUGUUGCCUCUCCUCAAUUCAGUGCGGCUGGCUCCACCUCCGGUCAUAAAGAGACGCACUUUCCAGGGUGAACAAGGACAAGCAGGGAUCCAAGGUCCCCCAGGGCCCCCUGGACCACCAGGGCCCGCUGGACCGGCUGGACCUGAGGGAACCCCAGGACGUCCUGGGCCAGUUGGACCCCCUGGCAGAGCAGGAGAACCUGGGAAGCCUGGCAGAGACGGAAAGGGCUUACCUGGGCCUCCUGGACCAAAGGGAGAGGCUGGGAUUCAGGGAUACCCUGGCAGAAAGGGUGAGGUGGGCGAGUCCGGCCUGCCCGGUGCCCGUGGCCUCCCUGGAGCCUCUGGCCCCAAGGGUGAAAAAGGGGACGCUGGCAUAAAGGGGGAGAGAGGCAUGCCAGGGCUGCCGGGAAGACAUGGCUCUAAGGGCGCUCCUGGGAUGGCCGCCGCGGGGAUGAAGGGCGAGCCUGGGACUCCAGGAGAAAAGGGAGAUCCUGGAGUCCCAGGGAGGAUGGGCCCCCCAGGUUUGCCAGGGAAGAGGGGGCAGCGGGGUGAGAAGGGACGAGCUGGUGACCCUGGGCUUCCUGGACUCCCUGGGCCAAAGGGAGAUAAGGGAAUUGCUGAGAAUGCCUUGGUGGGAGCUAAAGGAGAACCUGGCCCUCCAGGUCUGCCUGGACCCCCUGGACCAAAGGGAGAAGCUGGUGACGUUGGCCGGCCUGGUGCUGCAGGGUCACAGGGAGAAAAGGGGGAACGUGGUUCACCAGGAGACCAGGGACCCAUGGGCCCAAGGGGCCCCAAAGGAGAGCCUGGGAAGGAUGAAAUUAUGGACUAUGAUGGGAACAUCAGUGAAGCUCUCCAGGAAAUAAGAACUCUGGCCUUGAUGGGACCCCCAGGACUUCCAGGUGUGGCUGGACCUCCAGGGCCACCAGGACAGAAGGGUGAAAUUGGCUUGCCAGGUCCUCCAGGCCACGAUGGAGAGAAGGGACCACGUGGCAAGCCUGGAGAAAUGGGCCCCCCUGGCCCUCACGGGCUGCCCGGAAAGGAUGGACCCCCAGGAAUAAAGGGAGAGCCAGGCCAUGCUGGGGUCAGAGGAGAGAAGGGUGAUAAGGGAGAGCCAGGACAAACAGGCUCACCGGGUCUAGAUGGCCCCACUGGAGAGAAAGGCGAACGAGGUGACCAAGGGAUGCCAGGACCGUCAGGAUUGCCGGGUCCCAUUGGACUUCCAGGACUGACAGGAGAGAAGGGUGAGCCUGGGGAACGUGGAGACAAAGGAAAUCCAGGAGAAUCGAUAUCUGGCCCCCCCGGACCCCAAGGCCCUCCUGGACCUCCAGGUCUUCAGGGCGUCCCAGGACCCAAGGGGGAAGCAGGGAUUGAUGGAGUGAAAGGAGAGAAGGGUGCCCAGGGUGAAAAAGGAGACAGAGGGCCACUGGGAUUACCCGGUGCUUCAGGUUUAGACGGCAGGCCUGGACCACCGGGUACUCCAGGACCAAUUGGGGUUGCAGGACCAGCAGGACCAAAAGGAGAAAGGGGCAGUAAAGGAGAUCCUGGAGUUGCAGGACCAAUGGGGCCAGCAGGGCUUCCUGGUUUACAAGGUCUGCCUGGUGACAAGGGAAUCCGGGGGGAGAGGGGCAAGAAAGGCUCUAGAGGGUCUAAAGGGGAUAAGGGAGACCAAGGAGCGCCUGGAUUAGAUGCACCCUGUCCGUUGGGGGAAGACGGGCUUCCAGUUCAAGGCUGCUGGAAUAAGUGAUGAUUCUAACCCUGGACUGGCCUGUGUGUGUUACUGUACAUAGGAUAUUUAUUUUUAUACAGUGUUCUUCUCCAAAAUGCCAAAAGUUACGCAUUUUUACAAAUUAUCAAAAAGCUGCAUAUUUUUUUUGUACAGAAAAUACUAGAUUUUUUUCCCCCCUGUUUGUCAGUUCUCUGUAUGAUUCUACGUCUGCAUUAUGCUUGUUUUGUCAUGGAGUACAGCUGUAAUAUUUACAUGAUACUGGUGCACACAUGAUGAAUAUAGGAACUUAAUAAAUUAUUGCAUUAAAGAUGCCCGAAGGAACUGCCCUGUAUAGAUUUAAAGGUCAUUUUCAUUUUCCAAGCUGGGUCAUUCAAGAAUAUUUCAAAGUAUUAUGUAUUUUUUAUUAAAGUGAAAUAUAAACAGUUUUGUUGUGACUGAAUUAAAGUGUUGCUGAAAAA